AUAGAAGCAGCAAUUUAUGACGAAUUUGGGGAUCCAAAUGAUCACAAAUAUCGCUCACGAAUUCGAUCACGAUUUGCCAAAAUGACGCCCGAAGAGAUGGCAACACCAGAGCUGCGAGAGUUACGUGAUAAAUUGGCAGGCGAAGCACUGGAGCAACAUAUGCUUCCACAGCUAGAAGUCCCCGGCAACGAUAAUUACAAGAAAAGCGAAAAUGCUGUGUGA